GCCCCUCUUUCCUGCCUAUAUGACCAAGACAAAUUUGAAUGUUCUAUUUUACGCAUGGCUAUGGGUUUAAGGACAGCUGAAUAAAGUCAUGGCGCCAGAAACAACGAGUGACAGCACUCCAACUGUCCUUGUCCUCCUCUUCUUAUUAAUCAUACUUGCUCUGGCUCUGGUGUACUUUUAUAAAAAGCUUAAUGCGGACACAAAUGGACAGUACACCGUCCAGCGCAUAGUCUUCGCCCCCGGCGGCCUACGGGAUCGAUUGAGACAAGGAGUUGGGGUUGUGGAAAACAGAUUUGGUGUCCACAUUUGGCCUCAACCCCGUGAGGACGAGGAGAACAUAGGAGAUAAGGAUGAAGGGGACGAGGAGGGUGGAGGUCAUGACAAACAAAAUGACAGUUACGCAGAGGAGGGAGAACAGCAGGAAAAUGAUGACAGCGGGGAUGAUUCUUCGAGUGACUAUUCCAGCGUUGACCUGAGGGAGAGGGCAAGGAUGCAGAGGGAGGAAAAUAAAAGUGACAAGGAUGAAGCUGAUGAAGAGAAGGAGAAACAGGAGGAGGGAGGAGCAGCGGCAAAAGAGGAGGAUAAAAGUGAAGAAGUGAAGAACGAAGAGAAAGUGGGAUUGCUCGUAGAUCUAACUCCAUUUAGAGGUAGCGCAAUUUGGUCUGAGGAGGACAAAGAUGGAAAUGAGGGAAAUGACUUGACUGCUUUAUGAAAAGCACAGACACGUGGCUUUCGAAUUUAAUAGGCGGGAAAUCAGGUGUUGUGGCCCAGUGGGCAGCACAAAACAUUUAUAUAUACAUGUUUAAAACAAAUCUAUUUUGUGGAGCAUCAUGUUUGAUACUCAUAUUUUAACUUGAUUUUUCUAAAGCAGUUAUGUUUGGAUAAUCAAGUAAACGUAAACUGCUUCAGAAUCGUGACUUUUUUUUAGAAUUAUACUAAAAGGCCUUUUACUUGGUAAAAAAAAAAAAGGGAAAAAAUGUAUAAAGCCUCAAUUCGACAAAGGAAGGCAUAUUUGAAUGUAUACUACAGAUUUUCAGCAAAGUUUUGAUCAUGUUGAUAAACUUAUAAGUUUCUAUAGGCUAUCAAAUGUACAGUAGGUUUUAACUUUAAAAAUCAGUAAAACAGUUCCACACCCUUUCUGUAAGCUGUUCUAUCCACUUCCUGUUGUUUUUCUGCCAAUGCUGAUUGUGUGCAAAAAUACAUUGUGAAACUUGUAAACAUUUUUAUUAGAUUGUAUAUAUUUUUGCAUUACAGAAUAUUUUUCAUGACAAUAAAGUGAUUGUCAGAA